AUGCCAGGGAACUUGUUCUCGGUGUGCGUGCCGACCGCGGACUUCGAGCGCCAGCUGGCUAGUGGCAUACCCGCCACCCUGCCGCCCCCGGACAUGUUCGGCGUGCCGGCGGCGGCGCAGGCGAGGCGGCGGCCGCCCCCCAUCCCGGUGACUGUGCGCCCCAGGGCGCCGCCCCCGCUGCCCGGAGAGCCCGUGCCCAUGGAGAAGAUCCUAGAUGAACUGCUCAAGAAACUCGGAAUAGAGCAUUCGGUGUGGUGCAACGACAGGAACGGGAACUACUUCCAGGUGUUCUUCCCCGUGGGGGCGGGCGACCCGUGCGAGAACUGCAUCCACUGCCUCACGGAGCUCGGCAUCGGCAAGAAGUACAACUCCGUGGUCAGCGUCGUUCCCUGCAGUGUCUUCUUUCAAGGAUAUGACGACGAUGCCAAGGAUCCUUUUGCAGAAGAGGACCCGGCCGAGAAGAAGGCCUGGAACAACUUCGUGCAGUCCAUCAGGUCCAAGCUGACGGUGAAGCAGGUGGUGGACGGCGUGAGGAACGGUGCAGAGUGCAGCUUCGACUACCUCACCCUGGUGCUGACGGCCGACAUGGUGGCAGCAGUGGGCCUGGUCGAGAACAACUCGGUGAACAUCGUCGCUGCUAUGCUUAUAUCGCCUCUCAUGGGUCCCAUAAUGGCAGUAACAUUUGGAACGAUAAUCUCCGACAGGAAGCUGCAGAAGAUUGGCUUGCGCAGCGAGUUCAUUGGCUUGAUGAUCUCUUUGGUUUUCGGGUACAUUUUCGGCUGCCUGGUUGGCUGCACUGAGGACCCGUGGGGCAAUGGCGACUGGCCCACGGAGGAGAUGAAGGGCAGGGGACAGGCUCGCUCACUGUGGAUCGGGAUCUUGUGGGCGCUACCCUCGGGCACGGGCGUGGCCCUGGCGCUCCUCCAGGGUUCCGCGGGUCCCCUCAUCGGCGUCGCCAUCUCCGCGUCGCUGCUGCCGCCUGCCGUCAACUGCGGCAUGAUGUGGGGGCUGGCCACCAUCGUGCACAUCUACCCGGACUACAAGCUACCCUACGUCAAGGGCGAGCCCUUGAAUGCCACAUCGUCCUUCAAGAUGAUGUACUCGGACCACCUGCCCAACGAGCUGGCUGCAAUGGGCAUCAUCAGCUUCUGCCUCACGCUGGUCAACAUCUGCUGCAUCUUCAUCACAGCCAUCGUCGUGCUCAAGAUCAAGGAAGUGGCGGCGCCCUACACGUCCAGCCCCGACCUGCGCCGCUUCUGGGAGUACGACAUCCGGGUGGCCCGCGACGACAACAGGAGCACUCUGCAGGGCGUGGGUGGUCGCACCAGCAAGGCGAUGAUGCAGGAGCUGCGGCAGAUUCCCCCCGAGGACCUGGGGGAGACCCUGGAGGCCGCCGUCAGAGAGGCCGUGGACGACGAUACCUUCCGCAAGGUCAAGAGGUGCAGCUACGCGCACAACUCCACAGACGUGCUGCACACGCUGGGCCUGGGCGCCGGGCCUAGCAAGCCAGCGGGGCCCGAGGCCGUGCUCGCGCCCCUCGCAGACCCCAGCGCGCUGGACCAGGUGAUCCAGGCACUCAUGGGCUUCCAGAAGCAGCAGCAGGCCGCGCUACAGCGCAAGCCUUCCUCCCGACUCAGCCGCCUGCACCCGCUGUCGCGGUCCACGCGUCAAGGAUCUACCCGGUCCGCGCGUCAUGGAUCCACCCGGUCCGCCAGGAACUCCUGGCUGCCACACCUCGCCGACAUCAAGGGGGAGGACAACCAGGGUGGUGAACCACAGAGUACCAUCGGCUCCGAGAGUAACCAGCAGGCGCUGGGGCUGCCGACGAUCUUGGAGACAAGUGCUGGAGGCAGCCAGCCACAGACGCCCACGGAGCCCCGACCACGGAGCGUCACCGAGCGACUGCUCAGUGCAGUCACGGGGCAGAACCACCGUCGCUCCAGGGGCGACCUCAUGGAGACCAUUAGCCUCACUCACGACCAGGCGUGA